UGCGGCCGCGCCUGCAGCUGCCCUGGUUACGGUUGGUGUUUGCGAAUUCCUUGUGGCGAUUUCUUCGCUUGAGACUAGCGCCGCCAUGCUCUAGCCGCGGUUCGAUACGCGCGCGCCCGCGUCACGUGGGCCGAGGUUCACUCGCUGUCUCUGGCGGGCGGCUGAGCCAGAAAGAAGGAGCUGUCGCUACCGCUCGCCCUCCCCCUGCGCCCCGGGGCAGGCGCGCGAAUAAAAAUGGCGAAGUGGGGGUAGCCGGCGCCGAACCCGGAGCUAUGGGGCGCGCAGCUGAGGCGGUCGUAGGAGCCUCCUGACGUGGGCGUCGGGCUGUUCUCCGCGGCGGAUCUGACCUGGCGACCUCGGGCCGGUGCCUAACAGGUCAAACCACGGACUCCGCGGGUCGCCGAGGGCCCCACCGAGAGCCGGAGGCAAUGGACGAACAGAGCGUGGAGAGCAUUGCUGAGGUUUUCCGAUGUUUCAUUUGUAUGGAGAAGUUGAGGGAUGCACGCCUGUGUCCUCAUUGUUCCAAGCUUUGUUGUUUCAGCUGUAUCAGGCGUUGGCUGACAGAGCAGAGAGCGCAGUGUCCUCAUUGCCGUGCUCCACUUCAGCUACGAGAACUCGUAAACUGUCGUUGGGCAGAAGAAGUCACACAGCAGCUUGAUACGCUUCAACUCUGCAGUCUCACCAAACAUGAAGAAAACGAAAAGGACAAAUGUGAAAACCACCAUGAAAAACUUAGUGUAUUUUGCUGGACUUGUAAGAAGUGUAUCUGCCAUCAGUGUGCACUUUGGGGAGGAAUGCAUGGUGGACAUACCUUUAAACCUUUGGCAGAAAUUUAUGAGCAGCAUGUCACUAAAGUGAACGAAGAAGUAGCCAAACUUCGUCGGCGUCUCAUGGAAUUGAUCAGCUUAGUUCAAGAAGUGGAAAGAAAUGUAGAGGCUGUAAGAAAUGCAAAAGAUGAGCGUGUUCGGGAAAUUAGGAACGCAGUUGAGAUGAUGAUUGCGCGAUUAGACACGCAGCUAAAGAACAAGCUUAUAACACUAAUGGGUCAGAAGACAUCUCUAACACAAGAAACAGAACUGUUGGAAUCUUUGCUUCAAGAGGUGGAGCAUCAGUUGCGGUCUUGCAGUAAGAGUGAAUUGAUAUCCAAGAGCUCAGAGAUCCUCAUGAUGUUCCAGCAAGUUCAUCGCAAGCCCAUGGCAUCCUUCGUUACCACUCCUGUUCCGCCAGACUUUACCAGUGAAUUAGUACCAUCUUAUGAUUCAGCUACUUUUGUUUUAGAGAAUUUCAGCACUUUGCGCCAGAGAGCGGAUCCUGUUUAUAGUCCACCCCUUCAAGUUUCAGGACUUUGCUGGAGGUUAAAAGUUUACCCAGAUGGAAAUGGAGUUGUGCGUGGCUACUACUUAUCUGUAUUUCUGGAACUCUCAGCUGGUUUGCCAGAAACUUCCAAAUAUGAAUAUCGUGUAGAGAUGGUUCAUCAGUCCUGCAAUGAUCCUACUAAAAAUAUUAUUCGAGAAUUUGCAUCUGACUUCGAAGUUGGAGAAUGCUGGGGUUAUAAUAGAUUCUUCCGUUUGGACUUACUUGCAAAUGAAGGAUACUUGAAUCGACAGAAUGAUACAGUAAUUUUAAGGUUUCAGGUUCGUUCACCAACUUUCUUUCAAAAAUGCCGGGAUCAGCAUUGGUAUAUUACUCAGUUGGAAGCUGCACAAACAAGUUAUAUUCAACAAAUUAACAACCUUAAAGAGAGACUUACCAUUGAGCUGUCCCGAACCCAGAAAUCGAGAGAUUUGUCACCACCAGAUAAUCAUCUCAGCCCCCAAAAUGAUGAUGGCCCUGAGACACGGGCUAAGAAGUCUGGAUCCAGCUCUGACAUGCUUCUUGAGGGUGGCCCGACUCCAGCUUCUGUUAGAGAGGCCAAAGACGAUGAAGAAGAUGAGGAGAAGAUUCAGAAUGAAGAUUAUCAUCAUGAGCUUUCAGAUGGUGAUCUGGAUUUGGAUCUUGUUGGCGAAGAUGAAGUAAAUCACCUUGAUGGCAGUAGUUCCUCGGCCAGUUCAACAGCAACGAGCAACACAGAGGAAAAUGACAUUGAUGAAGAAACUAUGUCUGGGGAAAAUGAUGUGGAAUACAACAACAUGGAAUUGGAAGAGGGAGAACUCAUGGAAGAUGCAGCUGCUGCAGGACCUCCAGGUAGUAGUCAUGGCUACAUGGGCGCUGGUAGUAGAAUGUCAAGAAGAGCUCAUCUGUGCUCUGCCGCUACCAGUAGUUUAUUAGACAUUGAUCCCUUGAUUUUAAUACAUUUGUUGGACCUUAAGGACCGGAGCAGUAUGGAAAACUUGUGGGGCUUACAGCCUCGCCCACCUGCUUCACUUUUGCAGCCCACAGCAUCAUAUUCUCGAAAAGAUAAGGAUCAAAGGAAGCAGCAGGCGAUGUGGCGAGUUCCCUCUGAUUUAAAGAUGCUAAAAAGACUCAAAACUCAGAUGGCUGAAGUUCGAUGUAUGAAAACUGAUGUAAAGCAUACACUUUCAGAAAUAAAAAGCGGCAACGCUGCUUCUGGAGACAUGCAGACAAACCUUUUUUCUGCUGACCAGGCAGCUCUAGCUGCAUGUGGAACUGAAAACUCUGGGAGAUUACAGGAUUUGGGAAUGGAGCUCCUGGCAAAGUCAUCAGUUGCCAGUUGUUACAUACGAAACUCUGCAAAUAAGAAGAGUAAUUCACCCAAGCCAGCUCGGUCCAGUGUAGCAGGUAGCUUAUCACUUCGAAGAGCAGUGGACUCUGGGGAAAACAGUCGUUCAAAGGGAGACUGUCAAACUUUGUCUGAAGGCUCCCCAGGAAGCUCACAGUCUGGGAGCAGGCACAGUUCUCCCCGGGCCUUGACACAUGGCAAUAUCGGUGAUAUUCUGCCCAAAACCGAAGACCGGCAGUGUAAAGCUUUGGAUUCAGAUGCCGUUGUGGUUGCAGUUUUCAAUGGCUUAUCUACUGUUGAGAAAAGGAGGAAAAUGGUCAUCUUGGGGGCUAAUGCUAAAGGAGGUCGUCUGGAAGGAAUACAAAUGACUGAUUUGGAAAAUAAUUUGGAAACUGGGGAGUUACAGCCUGUACUGCCUGAAGGUGCUUCAGCUGCCCCUGAAGAAGGAAUGAGUAGCGACAGUGAUAUCGAAUGUGACACUGAGAAUGAGGAGCAGGAAGAACACAGCAGCAUGGGUGGAUUUAACGACUCUUUCAUGGCACAGCCCCCAGAUGAAGACACAUGUUCCAGUUUUCCUGAUGGUGAACAAAUAGGCCCUGAAGAUCUCAGCUUCAAUACUGAUGAAAACAGUGGAAGGUAAUUGCCAGAUCAAGAGAGCUGACUCCCAAGAUACCCUGACUGCAAAAUUUGCCGUGGUUGGUGCUCAAAUUUUUCAUCAGUCGAAUAAUCAGAUUUGGUCUUACUUUUUCAUCAUCUCUACCAGAAGUAGUAAUUCUGCAACUAUUAGAAAGUGUAUGAGACGGUAGUACAUGGGGGAAAAAAUAAACACUGUGGGAAGGGUUCUUUUUAAUGUAAUGACAUAACAGUGUAGUCCUAGAAAUUAAUUUAGUAAAUUAGUGCAUUCACAAAAGGCAGUCUGCUACAACAGAAGGGUGAUUAAUUGCCAGAAAAUGUACCUAGAGACAGUGCAUGCAUCCAGUAAGCUGCUCAGUGUUGGCGUUCUUCUGUCUUCGGCUAGACGCUCAAUCGUAUUUAAAUGACCACCUUUAUGUUUGGGGUUUUAAUCAACAGUUUAUGGCUUCAUUAGUGCCUACAGAUUAGUGAACAGAAAAACUACAAAUAGAUUCUGCCUUGUGGACACUUUGCUGAAUAACUGAAGUAACACUAAACUGAAUCCCUUCUGUGGAGUAUGUUGACAGACUAAAGUUAGUUAAUUUCUCUUUUCUCACUCCUUCAAGUGUGGACACAUUGUUUAAUGGCGCAUAACGUCUCUGUUGUAUGACUUCUACGAGUGUACUCUUAAGUGAACUAAAUUAACGUGGAUUGGUUAUGUUCCUGGUCACGUGGAUGCGUGCAAGAUCAUUUUGCUUUAUUUAAUUUCUUAGGCCUCUUCCAAAACAACUGUAGUGCAACCCACAUUUUAAAAUCCUCUUUUCUCUUUUAUUAAUUGGACAUUGAUUUCAGUGCCAAUACAUUUAAAGAUUCAUAAAUACUAUAUACAGUGACUCGCAUGGUAGUGAAACUAGCCCUAAAUAAUUGCCAGACUUACCAUUAUGCUCCUGCGUUUGUGUUUGAGCUGCUAUAUCGUUAGAUGGAAGUUGACUGAGAGACAGUUGAAAAAGCAUGAAUAUAUACAUGUGAGAGACAUCGCCUCUGCUUAUAUUUUACUUAAUGAAAAUUGUUCACCUUCCCAUGUCUGGUGUCUUGCUGAAUGCUGUGAUUCAUGGUUUACUCUUGUUCAAAACAGUUUGCACUUUUUGUUAAUAAAAGGAACUUGGGAAAAUAUUAUGCCUCUGCAAUUUAUUGAAAGUGGAACUAGAAGCCUUUUUUUCCCCUCGUCAUACUGCCUGUUGUGACGGAGGCUGU